GGUUCCUUAAAGGCAACAGGAGCAGCUGCAACGUGCGUCCAGUGUUUUUGUGUGUGGUUGUCUGUGUGCGGUUGUCUGAAAUUGGUGGAUAAACAUGGAAACGCUUUUCAGUACAGUGUUUAAUAAGGAAAGUGAAAGCAGCAUGUGAGUCCAGAGAUGAGGUGUGGUGGCAACUUGCUUGAGGGGCUGAUAUAGCAGUGGAGCAGGGAUGCUUUGCCUGUCAUGACUGCUCUCCUCUGGAUGGUCGCAUGGCUGCCUCAGGUCCUAACAGCUAUGAGUGAACUCCCCCAGCCUGUCAACGUGACUCUGUCCUCAAAACAUUUCAUUCAUGUGCUGAAAUGGGCUCCUGGACCCGGGACACCCACAGGAGUCCACUACCAUGUCAGCGUUUGCACAAUUCGGGGGACUUCCUUGGUGCCAGUGGCUGGCUGCGAGCUUGUCCAGCACCCACUGGUUUGCAACCUGACAGAGGCCUUCUCUAACCCAAAUGAGUCCUACUUUACCCAGAUUAAAGCAGUGCUGGACGCACAGGAGUCAGAACCAGUCACCCAACCAGAAUAUAAGCCAAUCAAAGACGCUGACAUGGAUCUGCCGCUGCUGACUGUGACGCCGUGUGGACGAAACUUGUGUGUGGAACUUCAGCCUCCCAUGGAGCACCUUAGGGGGAUCUAUGAUUCUCUGCAGUACAGACUCAGGAUACAGGAUACAGGAUACUCAGGCAGCAAUACAGACAAAUAUAAAUCCAUCAGGUCUCUGAGACGAGUGCCUUUGGAGGGUCUGGCAUCUGGCAGAGAGUACUGUGUCUCAGUCUGCUUCUCAGACGGUUUUGCGCCUAGGACAUCCAGAUACAGCCAACCUGUGUGUGCUUCCACCCCUGGUGUCUUCACUGCAGGCACAGACCCAUGGAUCGCAGCCUUGUUGAUUUUGUUGGUGAUGUUGGUUUUGGUCGUGGUGGCCCUGCUGGUCUUUACUGGUUUCAUCUGUCUGAGGAGGUGGUCAUUACCAUCAGUCCUGGACAUCCAUCACAUAGAAGGGCUUGUAGUGGUCGCAUCCUGCAAGACGUCCCUGUCUUCUCUCCUGGAUGUUAAUCCAACGGCGCCCUCUUCAGGCGAAAAGAGGACCAGCCAAACAUCAGACCAGAGCGACGCCGAGAGUGAAACAGAGAGCACUGGUGGGACCGGAGGAGGAGGGUAUAAACUGCGGAGGGGCACUAACCUGCUCUCUUCCUCCUACUCAUCUCCAUCGUUGUUGUCGGCUCCUUUAUGCGCCGAGCCGGAGCCGUUGCUGCCGAGCUUCUCCUCAGACCAAACGCCAUCAGACUUCUUCCAUCCCCAGCCCGAACCCUCCGUCUCUGCAGAGACACAUUCCCGUGCUGGACCCAAGGAUUCUCUGCCGAUAUCAGAGACGAGUUCAGGCCCUGCGGACGCAGACCUUUUGACUGUAGGAACAAUCCAGCCAGAGAAGGCGGAGGAGAAGGUGGCGGGAAACGGGGACAGCCAGAAUGUCAACCUCUUCACGCUGACCUUCGGCACGCAUGGCGAGGAAAAGGAGGUGGAGACAGAGUCUUCCUCUGCUUCAGAGGUGUACCGCACCAUCCCAACUCCGCCCUCACAAACUACGGACGCCAAGCACGUUUCCAUAGCAACUGUUUCCUACUCUGACGAUGACGAAGACGAGGAGGAAGAUGAGGUGGACGAGCUCUCUGGAUAUAUGAGGCCCUUUUCUUGUGCGAGACGUUUAACUGCGAGCCAACACACAUUCCAUGGAGGGAAGAUGGGGCUGUGGAUGCUUCUCCUUCUGCUUUUACACCUUGGGGUGUGUGUUUCCCUCCCGGCGCCUUCCAAUGUCUCCAUCUCCUCCUUCAACAUGGAGCACACGCUCCGCUUCCUGCCUGGCCUCGACACCCCCUCUGACGCCCACUUCGCCGUUCAAACCUCCAGCCUCAGGAGAAGGAACGUAUGGAGGCCAGUGGCUGCAUGUUCGCAGCUGACGGCCAGACAGCCGUGUAACCUAACCCGAGCCUUCAAGGACCCGCUGGUUCACUACCAAGCCCGCGUCCAGGCCUUCACAGCCACCCAGACGUCCCCGUGGACCGUGUCUGGCCAGUUCCAGCCUCUGACAGACACUGUGCUGGGACCUCCGGAGGUGUCUGUGUCCGGCUGUGGGAACUGUCUGCUCCUGCGCAUCGGAGUCCCAACAACAUUGGGUCGGCUGAAAGACCUCCACAGUCAACUCGUCCUCCGUGUGCAAAGGACCAGGGAUGGUGUGCAGUUCACGAUGAGUGUGCCUUACGAGGAGGAGCACGUGAUCGGGUACCUGCAGCCGGGGGUGGAGUACUGUGUGAAAGUCUUUGUGACGUCGUUCUUCAACACCAAGCAUGUCUCCAGUCAGCCUCACUGUGCCUUCACCAGCCCUCCUCCGUCCAGGAGCUCACUGUAUGUGGUCUUCAGCCUGCUGGCGGCUUUCUGUGCCCUGGGCUUCCUCGUCACUGGAUUGGGCAUCUACGGUGGUCAGCUGAGCUUUGAAUUACUAAGACAACGCCUCCCCAAAACCCUGGUAACAGAUCCAACUUCAUACAUUCUCCUCCAGUGCCAGACUGGUGGAUGUGCUCCCGUCGGACUCUCUGACUGUUCAUUCACUGAGGAGCAGCUCUGAGGAAGGACAGGAAGACAGCCGCGUGGCUCUGAAAUCAAAUGUUUCAAGCCGUUUGAAGUGUUGUGGAGGGACAGGAUGUAAGCUGGAGACCAGCGGAGUCUGUUUAGGUGGAGUUGGUUUGGUUGUCUGGUUUAGAUAAAAGGUAGAAGUUGAGGGGUAAAGUGUAUGGUUUACUAUCAGAGUGAGAUGUUUUUGUAAAUUGUUAUUAUCCUGUUUCUAUGCCAAUAUCCUCUGAUUCUUCUUCUGACUUUCUAAAAUGUGUUUGAGAUAGAUGAAGUUGCUGUCUGUUAAUGGUUUCUUUCUGCUGCUGUGACUUCAUUUCCUAAUAGAACUUUUAUAAUCCAUUGAAUAACUACAUCAAAUGAGUAUGGACAGAACAGAAAUCAAAAGUUCACUUUAGAUUUAAAGUAGACUGAUGCAUUAGACCCUGAACAACCAAGUCAUAGGAAUAGGCAUAAAACGUUAGCAUAGUUCAUGCAUUAGUUUGAGUAUUAUUACUGCAUGCGCUUGUUUUAUUAUUGUAAUUUUACUUAAAUGCUGUGAUUUUUCGUGUUGUCCUUUUUCUGUGACUCUUUUCUUUGUUACUGUUCUUACAUGUAUUUUUCUUGAGUGCAAUAUAAUCAUAACCAUCUGGUGAAUAAAGCAUGGUAUCCUGUA